AUGCAUAUUUCCAAGGAAUAAAGAGUUAGAAUUACUCUAGCACUAUUAUCCAUUAUUGAUUUUGCCUAUACAUUUCAGAAUUUUUCAUAAAUUAAAGUUAUACUCUCCAGUCUAUUAGUUUUGUCUAAUAUCGGUAUAAAUAUAAUUUGAUCUUAGUAAGUAUGUUAUUACUAAAAAAGAAAUAGAUAUCGAUAAUUAUGAUUACUUUAUAUUAUGGAAAGGAGAUUAUCUUAUAUGGACCAACGUUAACAUGGCCAGUAUUAUAUCUUUUUAAAAAGAUUGGCUCUUAAAAAUUAAUUUUUCUUUCUUUAUUUUCAAUUCAAAUUGCAUUCAACUAUGUUGAUUCUUUAUGGAUAUUGAUUCUGAAAACUAAAGAACAUUAUUGCAUGGAAUUAAUCAUUAUUUUUAUAUAAGAAGGGUAUUCAUUUUAUAUCUAAUAAAAACCAUUUAAUCAAUGUAUUCGUCUUUUAAUAAAACAAUUUAAAUAAGACUGCAUUCUUUAAUUAUUUGAUAGAAAUUACAAUAACAUUUCCAUUAAUUAAAAGAACACAUUAAUAAUUAAUAGAUAAUAGUCUGUAAAAAAUGUAUUAAAUUCUCCAAAAUCAGAUCAAAUACGUUUAUGCACUGAUGAAUAAGAAUUAUUUUAUAAACUUUACUUAAAUAAUGAUGAUUUUUAAGUACUGGAAUCUAAUCAAUAAAAUUUAUAAACCAAAAUGAUAUUUAAAUCUCCAAAAGAAUUAUUGUUAUUUUUAAAGAAUAAUAGAUAAUAUUAUAUAUUAGCUGUUCUUAAUGAUCCUUGUAUUAAUUAAAAAGUAUUUUAUUAAGUUAAGUAUUUAUAAAAAGAUGCUUUCUAUCUUUUAUAUUAUAUAAAAAUUGAAAAUGGAUUAACAAAUUGGUAAAAUCAUAAAAUAUCCAAAUAUAAAUAAAAUCUUAUUAAUAUUUUUAAUCAUAAAUUGAAGACUCCUUUAAAUGGAGCUAUUGGCCAUUUAAUAACAGCUAAUGAUGAUGAAAAUAUAAUGGAAUAAGUUAAAUAAUUAUAUUUAUAGCCAGCUUUAUUAAAUUGUAGAUUAUAAUUAUAUUUAGUCUAAGAUAUACUUGAUUACUUGUCAUGUGAGAUUGAGUAAUUAACUAUAAUGAACAAUAAAACAAAUUUAUAAUCUUUAUUAUCUGAAUUAUAUGAUUUAAUAGAGAAUUAAUGUAAAAUGAAAAAGAUAGAUGUUUUAUUUAAAAUUAAUGAUGAAAUUUUUGAUAAAUUGGAUUCAAAAUAUUGGUUUAUUUAUACUGAUUCUAAUAAAUUAAUUCGUGUUUUACUAAAUAUUUUAAAUACUUCAUAUAGAUAUACAGAUGAAGGGGGAUGUAUCAGUUUAGAAAUUAAAUUGGAUUAAUUGAAUAAAAUAACAUAUUUUACAAUAAUUGAAGAAGGAUCAGGAAUAAAUGAAGAAUAAAUUUAAUAAUUAAAAAAUUAAUUAAAUUAAUUAGAUCAUUGUGCAACAACAAAUAAAUCAAAUAAAUUAUUAUGUGAUGACAAUAGGAUCAAUUCAGGAAUCAAUCUAUAUUUAAUAAAUAAAUUAAUCAAAUUAUUAAGUGGAGAUAAUAGUAAAUUAUAAUUAAGAAUUUAAUAAAAUAAUCAAUUAUUCUUUACUUUUUCAAUUAGUGAUACUUAAGAUUUACAAUCUGAAAGUUCACUUGGUAGAUCAAAAAAUAAUAGUUUAAAUAAAUAAAAAUCUUUAAGAAGUUUGAAUAAAAACAACUUUUAAUAAAGUCCAAGAAUAUCUAAAUUCAAGUAAUUAUCUCAAAGAUAAUUUAAUUUCAAAUCUUAUAAUUCACUUGCAUCCUUGUAAUAAACAGAAAUCGUAGAUGUUGAACCUAUUGCAUAAAUUCCAAAUAUGUUAUAAACAAAAAAUGAUAAUCAUAAAAAUUGUCAUUAAAGAUAAAGAUUUAAAUCUAUAAAAAAACAUAUUGAUAAUUAAUAAUGCUAAAAAACAAGUUCAAAAAUACAUUCAGCUGAUUCAGCAAUAUAAUAGAUUUCAAAAACUGAGAAAUAUAUAUUAGUAGUAGAUGAUGAACCAUUCAAUCAUGAAACAUUAUGUUUAAUGUUAAAAAAUAUAGGUUUUAAUAAAUUUUUGAAAGCUUUUAAUGGUUAAUAAUGUAUUGAUUUAGUUUUGCAAUAUCAUGAUUAAAUAUAUAUGAUUAUGAUGGAUAUAGAUAUGCCAAUAAUGAAUGGAAUAGAAACAACAAGAUAAUUAGAGAAAUUAAUUAUUAUUAAUUCUGUUAGUUAUAUUCCAAUAAUCGGAUGUACUGCUCAUGAAGACUAUGAAUCUCAUUUAAAAUGCUUUGAAGCAGGAAUGAUACAUGUUGUAAUUAAACCAGUUUUUAUAAAAUCUAUAUAAGAAGCUUUGUAUAAGAUAUCUGAAUUAAAUUCAAAUGAAACCAUCAAAGAAAAUAACUCAUCUUACAUAAUGAAAACAGUUUAAUCUAAAUCUUCUGAAUGA